UGUUGAUAUUUCUUUAUUCAUAUGUCGUAUUCUCGUUGUGCCUCCCACUCCGCACCUGAAGGCAAUGGGUGGUAUGAUGCAUCUCCCAUAGCACUGAAGCAGUUCAUUGGCAGCUUGUUCAAUGAAGCGAGUCGUAGCUCCCAUUUGACUCGCUCUCCAAAUAACGUUAUUCAUGGACUCAUUUCUCCUCACGCUGGUAUUUCAUAUUCGGGAAAGACAGCUAGCGCGGUCUACUCUAAAUUGUAUGAUUAUCUUUAUGGUGGUGGCAACCAAACAAAGCGCAUCUUCAUUAUGGGCCCCUCCCACCACAAAGGGUUUAAUGGUGCAGAAGUUUCUCAUGCCUCAGCGUAUGAAACACCCUUCGGCCCCGUCUCGGUGGACAUCACGACUGCCGCGGCGGUUUUAGGGAAGUUUUCCCAGGCCGGUAUUCCAGCCAACUGGACAACGAAACAGGUGGAUGAGGAGGAACACUCCAUCGAAAUGCAGCUUCCCUUCAUUUCCUACAUUUUGCACUUUCCUCAGGGCCAGGCGCAGGCGGCAGCAGUGUCGCGGGUGAGUAUUGUGCCCAUAAUCAUCGGCUGGACUGACAGAGGGCUCGAAGAGCGAAUGUCGGACGCACUUCAGGAGUAUCUAAACGAUCCCAGCAACGUGUUUAUCUUAAGUUCUGAUUUCUGCCACUGGGGCUCCCGCUUUCGGUAUACUUACCACUAUCAGCGAGACACCUAUCCCAAUAUCGGCGAGGCCAUCAUCGCUUUGGAUCAUCGAGCGAUAAGCCUGCUCCACAACAAGGAUAUCGACGGCUGGUAUGACUACUUGGAACAAACCAACAAUACCAUUUGUGGGAGAAAUCCAAUUGGAAUUGGGUUGAAUGCGUGGGUGAACAAGCUGGCAUCUAAAGUGACCGUGGAUUUUGUUAGCUAUUCGCAGUCUAACAAGUGCCAGAACGCAAAGGAUUCAUCUGUCAGCUACGCUUCCGCACUGAUUUAUAGUUAA